GUUGCCGUAAAAUGACGACCACUGUUGUUAGUGACAGUACUACUGUCGGGGUGGUCGUUCACUUCUUUCCCCAGUCUUAAACUUAACCUAAGCUAAACUUAAACUAAACUUAACUUAAAAACAUCAACAUUUGGUGCUUCAAUACCUAGUGUUCCUGGACAGCUUGUUGAUUGUUCCACGCCUGAGUCACUUAUGCCGCAAAGAAGGCUUUCCAGUCCUAGGUCCCAAGUCCCAACUGAUGCUGAACCCGCAGCUUUUGACAGUGACUUCGGGUAUAUAUAUAUAUAUAAACGGUUAAGGGAGUUGUUGAGCAUGCUGUUACGACUACACCAGCACUCUCUUUGGUAGUUCACCAUGUCGAAAGAUUUUGAAUGUCUAUCUUUUAUGCCUCCAAAAUCAAAAUGUGAUGCAAGCGGAGCAUUGGAGAUCCAACAAUUUUUCAAUUUUGUACUCAACCAUCAUUUGAAUGUGAAAUUUACCAUCAGCCUACCAGAUUGAACAAUGGAUAGAGAGCUGGAAGUAGAAGUGAUUUGUGGGACCUAUGAGGAAUUUGUGGUCGGCUACCAGCUCUUCACAUAUUCUGGAGAUGACAAGGAGGAGGUGCGUCAGUUCGAGCAGACGUUUGCCGACCACUCUCAUACGGCCAGUGUGCGCGCCGUAGCCUGCCGCGGUGACCUGCUGGCCUCUGGAGGCGCCGAUGAGAUCGUCAAACUGUACGACAUGCGCCGCAGGGUGGAGAGCGGUCAGCUGAUGGAUCACCAGGGCACCAUCACGUGUCUCGAGUUCCACGGGCGGCACCACCUGCUCUCGGGAUCUGAGGAUGGCCGAGUCGCCGUGGUACGCACAGACAACUGGCAGUGUGAAAAGUACCUGGGGCGGCACAAGGGCGGCGUGACCGCACUAGCCGUCCACCCGACCGGCCGUCUGGCUCUCACCGCCGGCAAGGACGGCAAACUGCUCACUUGGGACCUGGUGCGGGGACGCGUGGCGUUCCGCACCAACAUCAAGGCUGCGGCCGAGUUCGUACUGUGGUCACCAGAUGGCAGUACGUACGCAGUGGGCGUGCAGGGCCGCUGCGAUGUCUACAGCGUGGCCUCGGCAGGGGUGCUGUACAGCCUGAAGUCGGCGGGGAGGAUUAACUGCGCUGCCUACCUGUCGAAGUCGCUGCUGGUCUGUGGUGACGAGAGUGGCCAGGCCACUGUGUUCGACGUCUCGCCGGGUGGCGGCGGCCGCGGCUGCAGCUGGGCCGCCCAUCAGGCCCGGCUGCGCGCGCUGGCCGUGAUGGCACGCUCCGAGACCCGCUCCUGGAUCGUCACAGCUUCCAGCGACGGCUGGUGCAAAGUCUGGGAGGCCGACACGUCAGAGUCGGCCUCGCCCGCCGAGCCAUCCCCGGUGGCCAGCUACAACACGACCUGCCGGCUCACCAGCGUCACCUUUCACGUGCCGCCCGAAAAGCGGUGGCCGCCGGAGCAGGCAGCUGAUCUGGCUGCCGAGGCGGCGGAGCGGGCAGCAGCGGCCGCCGAGCGGGCGGCAGACGCAGCCGAACGGGCCGCGCACAAAGUGGCCAGAGCCGCCGGCGACCCCGGCACAUCGGGAACAAAACGAAAACGGAACCGGGAGGGUGGCGGCGAGGAGAAACUGGCGAAGAAACGAGCACGCCACGACGCCAGUGGGAGCGAGAAGAAAGUGAAAAAGGCGGAUAAGAAGGCGAUGAAAGGUAGCGAGAAGAGCAAAGACACAGCGGAAAAGAAGAAGGGGACUAAAAAGGGUAAAGAUAAAGUGAAGAAGAAGGGUCUGAAGGGCAUGACGGCGAAACCCAAGAGCAUUAAGAAGGUUCAGAAGGCCAACAUCAAAGGUCUUAAAGCACUCAGUCUCCAAGGCAAGAAGAAAAAGACUAAAACGAAAUCGAUGAACGUAUUAGAAUAAUAUAUGUCUGUGAAAAAGAGGAUGUUUACGGAAAGGUAAAGUGGGUGCAUUUGUCUUUCUAAGCUUUUUGUGGGAAGUGUUAAUGUGAUUUGUUUUGGGAACAAUCGCAAUGUGACAGUAGGACCAAACCUUCCCCCCAAAACAGUUGAUCGGUUUUCUGCGGGAAGAACUGAAAGGUAAAAGUGUUGUUUGCGCCGCAUAUUUCAUCGAUCUAGGCGGGGGAGAGUCUGCCAUCUGAGAAACUGAUAGACGUGUCUUACUGCCAGCCUCUGUCUGCCAAACGAUGUGCUAAUAAUCUAAAUAUUACAUUGAUGCGAU